AUACUGCACAACAGCGCCCUCAAGCUCAAUACGGGGAAAUUGGUGUUGUUUUUGUGUGCCGGAUUUUAUGAUAACAUCGUCCGGCUGAUAAAAAAAUUCUCUCUGGGGGAAAAAGAUGACUCGGCUUUUUCGGCCACUAUCCAUCACAGUUAAGAGCUACGUGCGAUUCUAUUCCAACCAGCUAGCGAUGCAGUCUCGUGUUUUUAAGUAUGCGAGGAGAUUCGAAGGACUCCCCAAGAUUACGGAUUUUGAGCUUAAAACAGAGGAACUGAAGGCUCUCGAGGAAAAUGAAAUCCUCUGUGAAGGAAGAUUCUGGAGUGUAGAUCCCUACAUGAGGGUCUAUGUGGAGAGACAUCCACUUGGGAUUACGAUGAUUGGUGGUCAGGUGGCAAAGGUGAUUGAGAGUAAGCACCCAAAGUAUCCGUUGAAUUCAUGGAUAUUCGCCUACUUUGGCUGGUCCACGCAUAACAUCAUUAAUCCCGAUAAAGCCCCGGAGGAAGCACAAUUCCGUUCACUACCGGAACUUGGUACACUCUCGCCAUCUCUUGCCCUGGGGAAUCUCGGGAUGCCCGGGAAUACGGCCUACUUUGGCCUUCUGGAGCUGUGCCACCCGAAACCCGAUGAGACGGUCGUUGUGUCCGGAGCUGCAGGAGCUGUGGGCAGUGCUGUGGGGCAAAUAGCCAAGAUCAAAGGGUGCCGUGUGGUGGGAAUAGCCGGUGGACCCGAGAAGUGUUCAUGGUUGACGAAGGAGAUGGGCUUCGAUGCUGCCAUUGACUACAAGAGUCAAGAUGUACGAAAAGCCCUCAAGGAGACCGCCCCAAAGGGCGUUGAUUGCUACUUUGACAACGUUGGUGGGGAAAUUUCAUCAGCAGUCAUCCGGCAUAUGAACCUCCAUGGGAGGAUUGCUGUUUGCGGCGCAAUCAGCUCGUACAAUGAUGAUGUGAAAAAUUGGCCAAAAGUUCCGCAUUUGCAGCCAGAAUUUGUCUUCAAGCAACUCAAAAUGGAAGGAUUCAUCGUUACCCGUUGGCUCCAUCGCUGGAUGGAGGGAAUUCUCCAGAUUAAACAAUGGAUGAAGGAGGGAAAGAUUAAGAGUCCCGAAACAUUCACAGAUGGUUUUGAGAACCUCCCUCAGGCUCUCAUUGAGAUGCUACAAGGAAAGAAUGUGGGGAAAGCCAUUGUCAGGGCUAAGAUUUAAAAAGAAAAAAAAUGAAGAAAUUCCCAGAAAGUAUUUUACAAAAUGUGUGACUUUUUAAUAAUUAAUAAAAUCAAUAAAACGUUCCAAAAGAGGCUAA